CUCAUUCGGUAAUCUAUCUUCAAAGUGACUGACAAAGGAACAACGGGUAUAGAUACCACCAGAUUCACUGCUUAACAAUACUCCGCAAGACCUUGACCGAGUUGGCGGCGGGCCAGACUCCAAGCCUCCCCAUGGGACACUCCCGGCACUGUUUCGAUAGCCUACUGCAGUAUAUUAUGUGCGGGACUUCGGGGGAUACAUUGCUGUAUACCUGGGGUCGUAAUCAGACAGGCAAUGGACAGCUGCGGCGUUGCAUCGACUGGGAUAGUCGAAGGGAUUGGGCGAAGAACAAUUCAGCCUGUUAUGUAGAUAGCGAUCAUCCGAUUGCGCUGUAUGACCACUUUGGACACUGUGAGAGCCGUGAGCAUGAUGGGAUUAGGAUGUAUAAUUCCUAGCCAUUAAUACACAAAGGUUUUCAAGAUCCGAAAUUUACUCCGUAGACUUUGAUAAAGAGAGCGCAAUUUCCAAUUUGACUAUUCCCAAGGGUAUAUACAUGCGUGUCCUAUCCCAGAACCUUUAAAAAC